ACGAGGCGCCCUGCUGGAUCUGCUCUACUUCAGCCAGCGGUGUGACGUCUGGUCAGGAGGAAACUUCCUCUGGUUUUACACACUGUGUUUGCACUGUAAGGUUAAUAUCUGAGGCAGAGUCCAAAUCUAGUGAUGAAUUUGACAAGCAAACAUGCCGUGGAGGUUUUCCUGGAGGAGGUGACGGGUUUGUCGAGUCUGUGACAAACCAGAAAUGAGGAAGCGUUUUGCAUACAGCCCAGGUCGAGCCGAGCAUCAUGACUUUAAAAUGACCACAAUGCCACAAGCCCCGGUGUUAUAACACGACUCGUCUCCGCCCGGCACCUCCACCACCUCCACCUCCACCACUACCGCUGCACUUCACCCAGUCCUCUCCAGGGAAAACUACCACCACCUGCCGACGCCUCUCGCAACAUAUGACCGUCUCAAAGAUGACAUGGCGCCCUCAGUACCGCAGCUCCAAGUUCCGCCACGUGUUUGGUAAGGCCGCCACCAAGGAGAGCUGCUAUGAUGGCGUGCCAAUCACACGCAGCGUCCAGGACAACAACUUCUGUGCUGUCAACCCACGUUUCCUGGCAGUCAUCACUGAGUGUGCCGGGGGAGGGGCCUUCCUGGUCCUGUCUGUCCAUCAUACAGGUAAGGUGGACCCUCACCACCCCCGAGUAUCGGGCCACAGAGGCAACGUGUUAGACGUCAAAUGGAAUCCCUUCAACGACUACUGCAUCGCCUCCUGCUCUGAGGACGCCACGGUGAAAGUGUGGGAAAUCCCUCCUCAUGGCGUGCUGAAGACCCUCACAGUACCGUGGAAGGAGCUUCAGGGUCACAGCCGCAGAGUGGGCCUCAUCGAGUGGCACCCGACUGCUAACAACAUCCUCUUCAGUACGGCCUAUGACUACAAGGUGAUGAUCUGGAACCUGGACUGUCCUGAGCAGGUGAUAAAGAACCCCGUGCGGACAAUCAGCCACCAUACAGAUGUCGUCCUCUCGAUGUCUUUCAACACAGACGGCAGCCUCUUCGCCACCACCUGCAAGGACAGGAAGGUCCGACUCAUGGAGCCACGCUCAGGAAACCUCCUCCAGGAAGCCAACUGUAAGACGCACAAAGCCAGUAAGGUGAUGUUCCUGGGUAACAUGAAGAUGCUCUUCACAUCAGGCACUUCACGCUGGAACCAUCGACAGAUGGCUCUGUGGGAUCAGGACGAUCUGUCUGUGCCUUUGUUAGAGGAGAACCUGGACGGUUCAUCUGGAGUACUUUUUCCUUUCUAUGACCCUGACACACACAUGCUCUACCUUGCUGGGAAGGGUGACGGAAAUAUCAGGUACUAUGAGAUCAGCUCAGAGAAACCGUAUAUACACUACCUAACAGAGUACCGCUCGCACCUACCUCAGAAAGGAGUGGGCGUGAUGCCAAAGAGAGGUCUGGAUGUGAGCUCCUGUGAGGUGUUCAGGUUCUACAAACUGGUGACAAUCAAGAGUCUCAUUGAGCCUCUUUCCAUGAUCGUACCCCGCAGGUCGGAGUCAUACCAAGAAGACAUUUAUCCAAUGACGGCGGGUAACAAACCUGCUUUGUCUGCAGACGAGUGGCUCAGCGGCAUCGAUAAAGGUCCGGUGCUGAUGUCUCUGAAGCCUGGAAGUCAAGUAGCAGAGUCGUACUCAGAGAUGAGCAAGGUGACUGGAAUCUCGCAGGACACUCGCAGGUCUAACAACAGACCGGGCAUGCUGCAGGUGGCGUACAUUCAGGACCAACUGGGAACCAAAGAUGGCAAGGAGGACAGCAGCGAUACAGGGGACGACAGGGGUCGGACACCUGUUAGCAACGGGGAAGACUUCACACUUUGCUCUCCACCCAAGACAGAGAAUGAGCUGCGUCUGAAGUUCCACAAGCAGCAGGAGGAAAUCCGACGGUUGAGGGACCUCCUGAGCCAGAGGGACGUCCGCAUCAAACAGCUGGAGCUGGAGAUUAAGAACAUCAAAAACUCCCAGACUCACUCACUUUAAGACUUGCCCCGAGCCACGACCUCACCUUCACCCCCUCGUGGGAACACAUGCAUUACUGUACAAACUUAACCCCGUCUUCAAACCACCACACCUCUUCUUAGGGUCCUGACUCACCUCUUCUCCUCUAAUGAGCCCACCAUACUCACCGCACACACGGGGGUGAUUUCAACCUCGACUUUGUGUUUUCUUUCUGUCUGUCAGUUUCACACAGGGUGCACAUAUUCUUUGUUGGUGUACAUACACUCAGACACGGAGUCUCACCCAGCUGUAACAUGAUUUUAAACUCUUUGCACCUGUUGACCCUUACCCCUUUUAUUUUUUAUGCUUCACAGCUAUGCAAGUUAUUGUAAUUUUUAGCUUUUUUAUGCUCUUUGUAGCUGAGAGAUAAAAAGGAUGUCUGUGCCUGUCUUGACUGAAUGAUGUGGCUGUCUGCGUGCUGUUUGAAAGUUGUUGCAGGGCUGGAGCAGACAUCCUGUGUGAUUGUACGAUAACGCUGGAUUUAUUUUCUAUGCUUGGUGAUUGUUUUUUUGUUUUGUUUUUUCAAUAUUUAAACUACUGUAAGUGGAGAUGGCUGUGGUAUUUUAAUGUAUGUGUGCUUGAAUGAGAGCGAUCUAAAUGAAUGACAGUAUCGUGAUCCCAGCUGUGUUCAUUCGUUCUGUUGAGCUACAUUUUUGUUUUUAGUUUUGAAUGACUGGAAAAUUGGUGACAAAUCAAUCCGUUUCUCAGCAGCUAUUGUGUAAGCCAUUUCUGUAACUGAUGCCAUGUAGCAGUUCUUAAUUUUUUUAUUUAUUUUAAAAUACAGUCAAAGAAAAAAAAAUUCAAUUUAAUCAAGUACUUGAAUUCGCGAUUGUAAUUUUGGAAAAUACAGCACGCAAACUGUUUUAAAAAGGACGGAAAGCCUGCUUUAAUUUUUCCUGAUGUGGAGUCACUGUGAAGAAACAGUUUAAAGCCAUUGCAGAGCCACAGUCCUGCACCACCUCUGGGUUAGUUUGUGUUCCACGAGUCCUGAAUGUGUUUUCUUCAAGACGGUGGUUUUAUUGUAAAAACCUGAGAAACCUGAAACAUGACACUGGGGGUUUCUACUCGUAUUUUAAGGGGACAGUUCACCCCAAAAUCAAAAAUACAUAUUUUUUUGAGUGUUGUAGAGAUUUCUGCCUUCUCUCUAAUGUAAUGGAAUUAGACCGCACUCUGCUUGUGGUGCUCAAAGCGUCAUAAAGACAUACACUGAGCCGAGCUUUUGAUCUGAGUGAUUCAUGGAUGGGCUCUGCCGUCGCUGAUUCAACUUGAUGAGUUGGUGGGAAAAAAGCCGGCCGCGACAAUUAGGGCCAGCAGUGCAGGACACACCGCAUCUAUUAGGGCAAUAGACACUCACCGAUGGCCUAACAUUGACCGACGGCCAACUUUCAACUUGGUGUGUCAGGGCCUUUAGAUUGUACUAACCGGGCAGACGUUGAACUGACCAUUUGCUGGGAUGAGUGCGGGAUCGGAGAUGGCAACAACAGACAGUCUGCAGAGUCAGGACAGUCCAGGAUCAGACCUCUGGUGCAAGAUCAAAUUCAUACAUUGUUUGACUGGAGCCGUUUCAGUACUACUUGGUACUGGGUUAUUUUGAUCGAUAUCUUAAUUGGAAUCAAGUACCAAUACCGAGCCCUACUUAGAGUUAAUUUACAGUUUAAAAAGCAGCCUACACUCAAGGUCUAUUACUCGCUUGUUCUAGAGCUUUAAACAGUUUUCAUAAGUAGAUGAAUUUUGGAAGUAAGUGGACCUUGAGUAGAGAUUGAUUUUAAUAACUGCUGUUACCAAAGUCAAGAAGACAUAAGAUCAAUUUUAAAUCAACAGGGCUGAUAAAUCCUAAUUGGACAAGGAGAUGGAUAGAGAGAUUCCCAGUAUGAUGUUUCAGCUUUGUUAGAAACCUCUUCACUUCAUUUCAAGUGUAAUGACAAAGCCUGGACGAGGCUCGUGGAACAGAAGUGAGCUCAACAGGGAGACUUCAUCCCUUAAUAUGAACAUUUUACUUACAUGUGACAGAGAACUCAUUAAUUUUUUUGAAUGCUUAGCUUUGAUGAUCUGUCAAUGCAACCGCAAAGACUUACGUAACUGUAAAAUGUACACAAAUUCACACCGAGCAGUCAGUAAUCCUAAUGGCAUAUAGAAAUGUGUUUUCUCUCAAGGAAGUCCUCAAUGAUGUUCAGUUUUUCCCAUGGUGCUGUCAGACCAGUUUCUCAUAUAUGUCGCGUUAAGAAUUCAAACAUUCCCUCGUCUCUCACCUGUAUGUUGAGAGCGUCAGUUCUCUGAUUGGCAUGUAAAUAUGCAUCCAUGUUACUGAAGCGCUUGCAGAUAUUAGGCAACACAAACAACAUAGCUGUACACCCUACCAUAACCACUCAGAUACAGCACAAACUAUCAUGCAUGCCUGUGUUUAUGUAGUCAGAGGCACAAGCACCAUAAUGAUAUUCCAGAUUUGGCUUACAUUUUAUUACCACUCGUCAAAGAUGUAACAAAUGGAAACUGCCACACCAACCCACACACAUACAGACACACUGGCCUCAAUACAAUUGUGAACCUUUUGACCUCUGGCAGAGACAGUUCCAGCACAGCUUCAUCUCUGGCUGACUUUUGUCCAGGAGCAGCUACGCCCCGGCCAGUUUAAACUCUAAACCACCACUGCUGCUGGUGGACGAGUCUCAACACAUUCCCACAGUGCACUGCUGUUUUUACAGUCGGUCAGUGGAGUUGUUCAAGGACUGAUUUGGCUGUUUGAUCACAUCACAACAGUUGAAGGUGACUGAUUGUACUUGCAGAGCCAUUCCAACCAGCGUUUAUACAAAGAGAUUUUUCCCCAUCCGAAAAAAUAUUUUAUUUGUAUUUUUUUUUUUAUAAAUGUCCUGCCUCUCAAAAGUCUGCCUGGAAAUGCAAAUGACAAAUGAUUGUUUAAAAUGUCUGCCAACACUGUGCAUCUAAAGAACAAUCAUUGGUUAACUUGGGAAUUCAAUGCUUGAUGCAGUUUAUACCACAAAUAAAUACUGCACAUCUCUAGCUAAAUAACAAAGCAGCUGCCAUUUUUGGGCCCGUUUAUUCAGCACUGUUUUAUAGUGACUGAACUGUCAACAGCAGAUUGUGUUAUAUCACACACUAUCGAAAUGUUUAAUAACAUAUAAAUAAAAAGAUUUUAAAAUAACCAUAUGAAUAAUCGGUGUAAUAAAAAAAUCCUUAAAGAAAUUAUUAAAAUUAACUAAUUAUUGUGAAAUGUUAUUUCAUGAUCAUUUUUCAUAACCGUUGUAUUGGAUAUAGUUUUGAUUUAAUUAUAGACAUGUUAUUUUCAAAAGUCUUUUUUUAAUUUUAGUGUGACAGUUUUUUCUAAUAACGCAUUUUUUAACGUGUUUUUUCUAAUAACGCAUUUCAUAUUUAUUAUUAUUUCAUCAUUUAUUAUUAUUAUUUUCAUUAUUUCAUAACGUCAUAUUUCAAUUAUCUCUGCCUCUUAAAGGUCCAGUCAGUGUGAGGGAUUUAAAGGGAUAUAUUGACAGAAAUUGAAUAGAAUAUUGAUUACUAUGUUUUCAUUAGUAAAUAAUUACAAUCUAUGUGAUUUUAUUACCUUAAAAUGAACCGUUUAUAUCUACAUAUGGAACAGGUCCUCCUCCCGCCUCUUUCAACAGUAGCCCAAAAUGGACAAACUUAACACUGUCUCUAGAUAGCCCCAUUCACGGUUUUGCCUCGGCCACUAUAGUUCUCCUACACGCUUGGCAGACUGGAGAAGUUUCAGCUGGCUGCAAUCUGCAACCUCACCACUAGAUGCCACUAAACUCCACACACUAGACCUUUAAGCUUUCAAGCUCAACAGUUGCUACCAAACAAAGCCAGCCAGCUCCUGUUAGCUAGAGCAACAACAAUACUAAUAUAAUUCUGAAUCACCCAACUAGAGGCUUCUGCUGUAAUUUAACAGGCACAGUCAGCAAACUUCUGUAGCUUCUAAGUUUGGCUUAACUAGGUGCUACACAUGCUAUCUACUUAGCCAGUUAGCCAUCCAGGUAGGUAGCAUGUGCAACCUUGUUAAACUAAAUAAAUAAAAGGGAAAUGUUGGGUUGUGAAGCUUACUUACUCAAAAUAGUUUCUGAUUAAUGAUCGACUAAUUAAUCAUUUAAACUCCAAUGUUUCUAUUCUAGCCUAUUGUAGCUUAAACCUCUGAGAAUAAUAUACCUCAGGAAUAUUCCUGUUAAAAGCCCCGUACACCCACACACAGGUGUUUCCACUUACUGGCUGACAAUCAAACUGUCUUUACAGUCCCAGUGAGAAGGCUUUUAAACAUCUGUGUGGGUGGACCAUGGGUGUGCAGAACCUUUAAGCACUCAGGUAUUGUUAAUUCAUAUACUGCCGAUUCAUAUUUUGGAAUAACGUGAGCUAUUCAGUCUUGUUAAAGGGGCAUUCCAACAAUUUUACACAUUAAUAACAGGAUAAUGCCAAAGUAGUGAAACAGUAACACAAGUAGAGGCGCUACUGGGGCAGGUUUCACGAGGAUAUUUUAGACUGGUCUGUUGGGUAAGGCCAGUCUUGACUUACUCUUAGAUUAGUUAGUUAGUUCAAAAGUCAUGCUACUCCCACUUAACAGUGGCACAAACCAGGGCUGCGAUCAGCCUCAAAAAAAUGUAGCAAUUGUUUAUUUAAAUGGAAACGGUAGCACAUGAAUACCUUGUUGUGUUAAUCAGGCGCACUGCCAGUUAAUAUGGUGGCAUUAAUUCAAUUCAAAGGGGCUUUACUGGAAUGGGAAACAUGUUACUUAGCCAAAGAACGUGUGAAAUAAAAACAAAAAUAGUCCAUACAGUAAGUAAAAUCUAUUAGAAUUUGGUCACUGCCAAUUGGGUAACACCUCUGACACACCCACCAAACAAGAGGAAAUAUACCUCAAAGACCAUUCACACCAUUUCAAGGAAACAUGUUCAACCCAAAAAACGUAGCCGAACGGUGCAUACUGUUGCCCAGGUGUUUCACCUGAUUUUGAGUUUUUCUUUCCUUUUGGACAUCUCUUUCUUUGCAUCUUUUGCCAUGUUUGUAAGUCUUUUCUGUGUUCUUGUAACGGUUUGUAACUGUUGAAUUUCUCCAGAAGGCAAACAUUUUCUGUUGGAGCGAAGAGAGAUGAGUGGGUUUGGCACAGCUGCUCAGUCAGCCAUGUUUUUUAGCGAGGAAAAAAAGUCCUAGUUUACCCACAAUUCACAAAAUAGACAGCUUUGAGCAACUCAUGAAUUUCAGCGUCUAUCUGAAGUCUCAGUAAGUCCAUUAGUCAGAUCCAAGCCUUUGUGAAACUGGCCCCUGUGAUACCAGAGCAGGUCAGGCUGUGGAGGCAAAACCUCUGAUUGUACUGAAUCAAGUGAGGGUGAGUUUUAUAGGGUAUAAUUUCAACUUUCAUUUGUAAGGGGAAGAAUGCUAUGAGAACUCCUCAGGCUGUCAUAAAAGUUGAAUAAUGUCCUCUGUCUUCUUUAAACAGUAAGCCUCUGUAACAAACUGGUUGUAUGGAUUUUUAAAGACAUGACUGUUUGCCAGUUAGGGAGGGUCUCACCAAAAAUACACUAUUGGGUGCAUUGUGGGAAAUGUAGGAUGCAGCAUUUCAGAAAUUGGGACCAAAAGGAUAUUAUGACCACUAACUUUUUGAGGUCACCAGCUUAAUUCAAGUGCAGCACUAAAUUGUUGGAGUAUCCCUUUAAAUUUAUGAAUGACUUACUUUAAUUCGAUGUUUGUAGUUUUGGUGACAUGUUCCUAUUUCAAAGCUGAUACUAAGACAACAAAAUAACGACUUCACUGCCAGCUAGAUCAACAAAUACCCACUCAUAUGCUUCGAUAUCUGUGGUGCACCACCCUGUGUCAGUCAGUGCCUCACGUGUGCAGAUAGAGUAUAAUUUCAGUCUCCACUUGUUAUACAUUAGUAUGAAUUAUUAACAAUAAGCAGCGUGGAAUGAAAAAGGAAAGCCAUUUCUUCACAAAUCUUUUUCUUGCUGUUUUCUUCAUGUUAUCUUAUGAACGAAUCACCACAAUGUUGUGGCGCAGCGAUGAUUGCUUUGCUGUGCUAAACACUUCUAAUAGAUGGAUCAUCAUUCUGUUGCUCUAUUAUGAAUGUGGCCAAUACCAAGUCCUCAGAAAAACAUCUCAACAAGCCAAAUGAGAACAACAAUAUCAAUCCAUUCCAGAGACCUCUCGGUAUUAAGGCAUGCACACUCUGACAGUUUCUUACAAUAUACUGGAGCAAUAAUGUAGCUGUGGAGUCGACUGUAGAAUUCACUGUCUGAUUUAAUAAAGUAUUUCAUUAAAGGGUUGUUGCUGGGUUCAUAUGAGCCUCACUGUGCCUGGUCUGCAUGCAUUUUGAUGCAGUUAUUGUGAUGUCUUAAAAUUAUGUUAAAUGUACUAAGUUAAAACUGAAAAAGAUUUUACACCCUUACAUUUAAUAUUGUUUCUGAGAUAUUAAUCACAUAAAAUAUAACUGAAUAUUUCUGGAAAUGCAGUUUGUCUCUUCUCUAGUAGAUCAGAAUAUUAUCUUACCUAAAACAAUAAAUUAAAGUAUAAAAACAUUUCACUCAGUGGCUAAAACCCAUUAAUAUUUGAGCAGAGUUAGCUAUAUCUGUUGCACAAACAGCAGGCCCUGUAUCUUCCUCAGUUAACUGUUGACUAUUUGGAGUAUUUCAGGCUGCAGCAUGUAGACGGUCAACAUUUUUCAUCUGUACACGACUGCCUGACUUGUGUUUGAAGUUAAAAAAAAAAAGGGCUCCAAAAGAAGCAGCAGCCCGGAGAAGAUCAGCAGCUUUAAAACCUUUAAAAACAAAUUAUUGCUCCUCAAAAGCACUGUAAUGCAGUUUAGCUGCUGUUG